AAGAAAUAAAUAAAUAAACAAAACACACCAUCAAUUCCUAACAUUUUCAAGGAAAAAAAAAAUAGAAAGAAAAAAACUCAACUUCAGUCUUCAGUCUUCAUCUUUGGGAGAAACAUAGAAUAAGAAAACUCCCAAGUCUUUAUAUUAUUCUGCAUCGUGUUAUAUGGAGUCAGAGCGAGACAAAUACAGCAUGAUAAAUUUUGAGGAGACCGAGUUGCGACUCGGUUUGCCGGGUGGGUCGAACGAUGGCGAGUCAUCACUUAGGAGCACUUGUACUACAACUGGAAAGAGGGGUUUCUCGGAGACUACUCCGUCUACUGUGGAUCUAAAGCUGAAUCUGAAUCUUUCUUCUUCUUCUUGUUCUUCUUCUCUUAACAAUGAAUCCGUUUCAGCUUCUUCUGUCAACGUUGACAAGAACAAAGAGAAGAAUGGUGGUGCUGCUGCUCCUACUUCUACACCUCCUGUUACUCGUUCUACCGACCCGGCGAAACCACCUGCCAAGGCACAAGUAGUAGGUUGGCCUCCAGUUAGGUCCUUCAGGAAGAACAUAGUAAGCGGGCAGAAGAGCAACAAGGAAGAAGUGGAAAAGCCCGCCACCACCACCGUAGGUCAAACUGCAACCGCGACCUCCGCGGCAACAAGCGGCAACGGAGGGGCGUACGUGAAGGUGAGCGUGGACGGAGCACCAUACUUGAGGAAAGUGGACCUGAAGCAGUACAAGAGCUACAGAGAGCUGUCAGAUGCGCUGGCAAAGAUGUUCAGUGGCACCAUGAUAGAGCCAGCUGUCAGUGGGCCCCAUCACGAGUUCAAAGGAAAUGGCCUCUUCAGCUUCAAUGGAUCUGACUAUGUCCCCACUUAUGAAGACAAAGACGCUGAUUGGAUGCUCGUCGGUGACGUUCCCUGGGAAAUGUUCGUAGAAUCAUGCAAGCGCCUUCGCAUAGUGAAAGGUUCUGAGGCAACUGGGCUUGGAGUUCCAAGAGCAGCAGCGGAAGAGCAGUGCAAGAUCAGAAGCUGAAAUCAUUUUCUUGUUCUUCUAACCAACUACGUACAUUGCAAUCUACUCGGUUGUUCGUCAUCGACAACUCAAGGAAGCACCAAAUUGGCUCGAACAAGGUCGAGUCUGAUAAUAUGUUUAAUUAUUAUUGUUGUUGUGUGUC